GGCCGGCUGAGAGCCAGAGUGGGCGCCGGGCGGAGACGCGGCGCUCUCGGACCCCGGACGCCCGACCCGCCGCCGCUAUGUACGACCCCGAGCGCGGCUGGAGCCUGUCCUUCGCCGGCUGCGGCUUCCUGGGCAUCUACCACAUCGGGGUGACCAGCUGCCUGAGCGAGCGCGCCCCGCACCUCCUGCGCGACGCGCGCACGUUCUUCGGGGCCUCGGCCGGGGCGCUGCACUGCGCCUUCCUCCUCUCUGGGAUCCCCAUGGAGCAGACAUUGCAGGCCCUCGUGGACCUUGUCCGGAGCGCCAGGAGCCGGAACAUUGGCGUCCUCCACCCGACCUUCAGUUUGAACAAGGAGGUCCGAGAUGGUCUCCAGAAACACCUCCCAGACAACGUCCACCAGCUCGUCUCGGGCAAAAUUGUCAUCUCGCUCACCAGAGUGGCCGAUGGAGAAAAUGUGCUGGUGUCUGAUUUUCGGUCCAAAGACGAAGUCGUGGACGCCUUGUCUUGUUCCUCCUUCGUGCCUUUCUUCAGUGGCUUGAUCCCCCCCUCCUUCAGAGGCGUGCGAUACGUAGAUGGAGCAGUGAGUAACAUCAUACCCUUCUUUGAUACCAAAACGACCAUCACUGUUUCCCCCUUCUAUGGGGAGAGUGACAUCUGCCCCAAAGUCAAGUCCACGAACUUUCUUCACGUGAACGUCACCAAGCUCAGUGUACGCCUCUGCUCCGAGAACCUCUACCUAUUAACCCGGGUGCUAUUCCCUUCGGAUCUCAAGGUGCUUGGAGAGCUGUGCUGUCAAGGAUAUUUAGACACGGUCAGGUUCUUGGAAGAGAAUGGCAUCUGUGACAGGCCCCCUCUGUGCCUGAGUGCAUCCCCAGCAGAGUCGGAAGUCGUUGAGGCCCCCCGGGAGCACGGGAGCCUGCAGUCUUCCCCGAGCAUGGCCGCCAGGGAGGCGAAGCCUGAGGAAGCCACGCUGCUGGAUCACCCACACCUCAGCAUCCAGCCCUGGGAAGACAGCACCCUGGAGACCCUGUCGCCCAGGCUCACCAUAGCCCUGAGGGAAGCAAUUGGAAACCAAGAUGGGUACAUAAACAAGAUGUGCAACUUCUUACCAAUUAAGGUCAUGUCCUACCUGGUGCUGCCCUGCACGCUGCCCGUGGAGUCCGCGAUUGCUGUGGUCCAGAGACUGGUGAUGUGGCUUCCAGACAUGCCCAGCGACAUCCAGUGGCUGUGGUGGACGACCUCCCGGAUUUGUUCUCAAGUGGUGAUGCGUUUGCUCCCUGUGGAGCCCUGCAUCAAGGACACAGGACAAAAACUCCUGAAUUAACCAAGCCCGCAUAGCAACCGUUGCCAUGGGCGCUCCUAAUCUAACCGCACAGCCCCACAACGCCAUAGUAGGUAAAGUAUUUGCCACGUAGCAGCCUCGAAGCACCCUGACCAAUCGCCUGAUGCCAUCCUGCCAGCAGGAAUUUUCUUUGUCUUCAGGCUAUAAAAGUUGGCCGCUAGCCCACAGAGGGGGUCGGCUCUCCGAGGUCUGUCAGGAAGUGGGCUGCUGUAUCUGCAGCGCCCCUCACUAACUCUGCGCCUCGUUCUCAGUAAACUCACUCUUUCCUAAGAUACUUCGUGUCUGGAAAUUCUUCCAACCCACGUGUGGACCACGACAUUUUGGUGGCCUGUACGGGGAUAUCUCCUGGGGGGAAUCUCCUCCCCCACCUCCUCUCCUCAUUCCUUGGGACUCUCUGUGAACAGGCAAGCUGCCGUGGAAGCAACGGAGGACUCUGGCCGGGGCCACACCCUGGCGUGUUCCGAAGGCUCCACGGCUCGCUUCGCCCCAGUAACUGCCGCCCAGACGGCUGAGGAUCCCUCUGUCUUCCUCCCGACUGAGGACUAGGCCGAUUGGUAUCGUGCAGGGACGGGUCAGGCAUUUAAAAGCCGUUAGGGCACCUGCCGCUUGAAGACUCCCGUGAAAGGAUGAGGGGGUCACGGAACAGACCAGGCUGUUAGAGCGUCUGCCCCCAGCAAGACAACUUCCGUGCACCGUGAGGCGCAUAUUGGUUCAAGCAGAACACUGAGCCCCCGUCCCUUGGCCACCGCCUUCCCGGCAGGACUACAAGGCCGAUUCCUCAGCCUGUCUUCUCUGUUACUUUCACCUUUUUCUCAGUCCGGAUUGACUUACAGGAGCCUAGGCAUUGCCUCGGAGCCAUCCCCGGAGUGCCUUUCACGUUUCAGGGAAUCGCCAAACGGUGAGUCACCCGGUGGGUCCCGGGAAUCUCCUCUCCUUCCUUUCUUUCCCUGCCGGAGUCGCGUGGUGCCUCAGUCGCACGCUCAGGGGUCACCUCUCACGGUCGGACGCGAUUGUUGGGACGGUCGGCCCAUUUUGUGCCUUAGUCGCACGGAGAGAUCACUGGGACAAAGGGGCCGCCUCUCUGUCAGCCGGUGACUCUCAGUACCCCCGUUCUACGGCAUACAGGCUAAGAAUGGGUUCUGCGAUGUCUCGGGAGCCUCCCUCGGACUUACCCCUCGGCUGUAUCCUCAGGAACUGGGAAAAUUUGACCCUGAAAAUCUCAAAAAGAAGAGGCUCAGUUUCUUUCAUAACACGGCUUGGACCCAGUAUAAACUGGGGGACCGAGAACAAUGGCUUCUUAAUGGGACACUAAAUUAUAACACGAUCCUCCAACUUAAUCUCUUUUGCCGGAAACCAGGAAAGGACUCAGAGGUUCCUUACGUCCAGACCUUUAUGGCCCUUAGUCAGAAUCCGGAGCUGAGGGACUCAUGCCGCACGUGUCUUUCCGUUGCCACCUCAUCUCCCCGACCCCCUCUGCCUCCCUCUCCAGCAGAUCUCCUAGGCGGCCCUCCACUCGACCUUUCCUGUCCCCCACUUCAUGAACCCUCAUUGCUUCAGCCCCUGCACCCACCUCAGCACAGCUCCCCAGUAGGUACCCCCUUAUCAGGGCGAAAGCCCCCCUCCUCUCCCCACACAAGAUCCAGGACUGCCCAACGCCAGGAAACAGAUUCUAAUAUGCUUCCCUUAAGGGAAGUGGCAAAUGGAGACAUGGGCACUAUCAGAGUCCAUGUUCCCUUUCCCGUGUCUGACAUUUCCCAAAUUCAAAAACAAGUUAGGUUCCUUCAGUCAGGAUGGCCACAAUAUACUUUAGAGUCCGGAGAAAAUUGGUUACGAUAAAAAUUUUUUGAAAUUGCAAAACCAGUUCUUUAUGCAUAUGCAAUUAGGGAAAGCUAGCUUGUUGAAAUAUCUUUUUCAGAAUUCUGACCCUGAGAGAACAAAAAAUAUGCCUAGGAGAAAGCUUGAAGUUAACUCUUAUCAUGUCCUUGAACUACAAGCAAAGCCCACUUUGCCUGAGACUUCAGCCUUGGGUUAAUUAGUAGAACUUCAAGCCAAGAAAAAAAAAAAAAAAAAAGAAAAGAGGCAGGGGCUUCCCUGGUGGCGCAGCGGUUGAGAGUCCGCCUGCCGAUGCAGGGAACACGGGUUCGUGCCCCGGUCGGGGAAGAUCCCACAUGCCGCGGAGCGGCUGUGCCCGUGAGCCAUGGCCACUGAGCCUGCGCGUCCAGAGCCUGUUGCUCCGCAACGGGAGAGGCUACAACAGUGAGAGGCCCGCGUACCAAAAAAAAAACAAAAACAACAAAUCAAACAAUUCUAAAUACAAGAAAAAUUAAGCUAAAUAAAUUUCAGAUUCACGUGAACUGGGGAAUAUUCAAUAUUAAAUUAAUACCUGGUAUUAAUGUUUAAGUUUAUUGAUCUAAUUAAUAUAGACAUGUCUUUAGAGCGAUCAAGUAUAAUACUUUUAUUGUGCCUAGGUUUAAUAUAAACUAAAUAAGAUCUUAUUAUAACUGUCACAAAUUUGUCAGCAAUGAAAAUAACUCAAUGUGAAGAAACAUUUUUUUUUCGGUAAAAGUCUUUUGUCAUUAUAGCCACUAACAGUUUCACUCUAAUGCCUUUGCAAAGAUGCUUCCUCUUCAAGAAGAUUUAUAAAGAGGACUUUUGGAUAAAUACAAGUUUCUGACUUUCAGACUAUAAUGAUAACUAGGUAAGAAAUUGAAGAAUUCUAAUGAAAAACCUGAUGGCUUCAUAAAAAUGUUAACAGAAAGGAUUAAUUACAAACGACUGAAUGAACCGGUAAAUAUGGUUGUAAUUUUAUGGGUUCUAUCUGAAAAAUGACUGGUUUGAAUCUGUGUUUUCCAGGUGUAAGGAAAACCUUCCCCUCAAACUAAUUCUGACUUACAGUAAUUUGGUAAAUUAUACCUUUGUAAGCAAAAUUGAAACAUUUACAUUUUUCGUCUGUCUGCUCACUCCAGAGAUGGGAAACUCUUAGGUUCCCAGCAGCUUUAUCAGAUAAAUUAGGAAGGCUACCUCACUAACAGGUACAGAAAUCUCAAGGUAUUUUGGGAACCUUGAAAAGGGAGGAAUUCACCUAGAUCUGGUAAGCGAAAUCUGUGACAAGCCCUUGGUGUGACUUUCCUAGCCCUGAGAGGGCUUUUAAAAGUUCAGUCUGAGACUCCUUAGGAAAAUUUCCCCAAGCAAAAAGCCUAUAUGAUAAUAAACUUAAAAAUAAAAAAGUUUAUUGAGACCAGGCUGAAAUUUGGUUCUCUCUCUGUUGAGAACGAAGUUUUCUUGGAAUGCUGCUUUUAAUAACAAACUAUGUAAGUUCCUUUGCCUUUAAGUGAUUUGUAUUUACUUUUUUUUUUUUUUUUGUGCCGUACGCAGGCCUCUCACUGUUGUGGCCUCUCCCGUUGCGGAGCACAGGCUCCGGACGCGCAGGCCCAGUGGCCCGUGCGCGGCAUGUGGGAUCUUCCCAGACCGGGGCACGAACCCGCGUCCCCCGCAUCGGCAGGCGGACUCUCAACCACUGCGCCACCAGGGAAGCCCUGUAUUUACUUUUAAAAUGUUUCGUUACUUUAGUAAAGUAAAUAAAUAUUAUUUCACAAUCAUCUAUGAAGAUCGCGGCACGCAUAGAUAAAGUUCAUUCUGCUUCUACAAAAAUUAACCCCUCAUUGCCAGACUUUUGCCAUCCUGAUGUCCUUAAAACAUGACAACAGUCUACUCCUAAGUCAGGGAAUUUAAACUGGGUAAACAAUAGCUGUCAGUCAAACAGUCGGGGCUGUGGAAAAUCCAAGAGGGCUGCUUGGCUUUUUGCAGCUCCCUGACAAAGCUCAUGUUUUUAUUUGAUGGGAUAAAGCCUUCCCUGGCUGCAGGGUUAAUUCCCUCACAAUGAAAAAAAAAAAAUUACAUUUCACUGAAUAUUAAAUUCUAGUUUUGUUAAUUAAGGUCUGUGUUACCAAGACUCACUUCCCAGUUAGUUCCUUGCUGUCAUAUUGCUAAAAAGUUUAAUUGAAUUAUUAAAGGACACUCUUAAGUUUGUUUCUAAAGCUUAUCUCAGUAAUCUAUUUUCGUAUGAAGACCAGGGGCCCCACGACCUACAAUCAGGGGAUUAUGCAUACUGGAAAAGACAUAAUUUAAAGGACUGUCUGCGAGCUGGAUGGAUGGGGACCCAUUGGGGGCUGGCUAAAUGACUCUCUUUGUAACUACACCCUCAGUUUUAAUCAGACUAGCCUGGAGUGGGGUCCCUGAUCAGAGGAGGAUGAAUAUGAUGUAUUACGUGAAGGUAAUUUCACUUUAUUUUGGGGAAAUUCAAGGAAAAAUGCGACUAAGAAAUAUAUUAAUGAAGACCAUAUCCCCAUCAACAGCUCGGUCCGGGGAACUAAAUAUGUGGGGAUCGGUGUGACCACCAGACACUUACUUAGUUUAACCUCCGGGCAAGAUUCUCCUCCAAAAUAUAACAUAAUUCAGCUAAUAUUCAGAAAUUUGUUAUGCUGAUGCCCCUGUCACACUCAUAAUCAGUCAGAGCCCGGAUUCUCCCCUUUAUGUAUAGAUGAUUACUUCCUCGGAGUUUGGCCUUCCCGAUAUAAUCCUAGGCCAUGGGACCCCAGUCUGUUUCCAGAGGAAAACUCCCAAAAGGUCAGGGCCUGGCUCUGGGGACCCACAAUGGGGGUAUCCUUGAGGGGCACCGGAUUUUCAUUUCUGUGCGGUAACGGGGUCAACCUGGAUCUUCCCACACUUUGGAGGAGCUCCUGCACGAUAAUUGCUGUGGUCCCAAGGCAACCAUUAUGACUGCAAAGGAUUUAGCUUCCUUAGGAGAUAUUCCCAACCUUGGGUCCUUCCUCCAGGAGGCCUUAAGACCUGUCCUGGAGAGAAAAAAAAGAACCGCUGAUUGGGGGGGGACAUGCUUACGAUAACCCAAUUUUUGAUUGCCCCAAAAUAAUGCAUAGUGUCUUCAGAGGGCGCUCCUGGUUUGCGGGCAUACCCCUCAGAGAGGAGAGUUCUCCAUCUCACCAUCAAGGUCCAGGAACCUUGGAAGGCUACGGUAGCAGCCACCGAGGAACAGCAGUCAGCCGUAGGCUCUCUGGCCAAGGUGGUUUUACAAAAUAGGAGGGCCCUUAAUGUUGUAACAGCUGAGGCGGGGGUGUCUGUGCCCAGCUGAAUGAGACAGGCUGCUUCUAUAUUAAUACCUCCGGCCAGGCUGAAGAAGACCUCCAAAUUCUAAAGAAAAACAUCAAAUUAAUAGAAGAUUUAAAAGAGAGAGCAGGACAGGGCCCCAGCUGGCUUUCCAGCCUCCUCUCCUCUCUGAGGAUCCAGAUAUGGACGUGGCUAUUGCCCUUGCUGGGACCAUUAAUCCUGAUGGCCCUUGUUUCGUCCCUGCAUUAUUAACGCAUUAUCUAAGUUCAUUUCCUGACAGGUUCAAAAGAUUCAAUUCCAGAUGGUGCAACAAGGGUACCAGCCAGUUGGCACAUGGACUGCGUCGGAACAAGCUGCCUUAUCGUUCCACGGGCCCUCAUCUCCCUCCAUAAACACACCCUGACAGAGAGCGGGCAUUGGGACCCAGGGCGCCACGACGCCCCUGUCCAGCAGGAAGAAGCUAGGAACGGUCAUCGCCCCUUUCCCCAGUGACCUGGGUUCCUAUGGCCCGAGAUGGGGAUAGGCAGAUAGUCAGUCAUGAGCAGGGUGUUAAGGGGCCAAAGAUUUGGCCCAUAUAUAAAAAGAGGGGGGAAUGUGGAGCCUUACGUCAAGGACAAGGGACAAAAACUCCUGAAUUAACCAAGCCCGCAUAGCAACGGUUGCCAUGGGCGCUCCUAAUCUAAACCGCAGAGCCCCACGACGCCACAGUAGGUAUUCACCAUGUAGCAGCCUCGAAGCACCCUGACCAAUCGCCUGAUGCCAUCCUGCCAGCAGGAAUUUUCUUUGUCUUCAGGCUAUAAAAGUUGGCCACUAGCCCACAGAGGGGGUCGGCUCUCCGUGGUCUGUCAGGAAGCGGGCCCGCUGGAUCUGCAGCGCCCCUCACUAACUCUGCACCUCGUUCUCAGUAAACUCACUCUUUGCUAAGAUA